AUGUCCAGUCAAGACUCGGCCCUCCCACGCGGCUCCCUCGUCCUCGUCACCGGCGUCAACGGCUUCCUCGCCAGCCAUGUGGCGGACCAGCUCCUCCAGUCAGGCUUCUGGGUCCGCGGAACCGUGCGGUCUCUGGAGAAGAACCAGUGGGUGCAGGACUUGUUCGACCAGAAGUACGGCGCGGGGAAGUUCUCCCUCGUCCAUGUCCCCGACAUGGCUGCCGACAACGCUUUCGACGAGGCUGUGAAAGGCGUCUCUGGCAUCGCCCACGUCGCCUCCGUCAUGGGCGAUUCGCCUGACCCGAACGUUGUGAUACCGACCGUCAUCACGGGCGCCCUCAACGCGCUGCGCUCCGCCGCCAAGGAACCAGGCGUGAAGCGCUUCGUGCUGACGUCUUCGUCGACUGCGGCCUACUCCCCCAAGCCUGGAGUGGCGUUCGACAUCACGGAGAAGUCAUGGAACGAGGAAGCCGUGGCCGAGGCGUGGGCGGACCCGCCGUAUGAUGAGAGCAGGGGAUUGGCUGUCUAUGCCGCGAGCAAGACUCAGUCGGAGCAGGCCGUGUGGAACUGGGUGAAAGAGGAGAAGCCGGACUUUGUGGUUAACACGAUUUUGCCCAACUGCAACUUCGGGAAGAGCCUCGAUUACAAGCAUCAGGGACACCCGACGACGUCUGGCUGGAUCACCGAGCUUUUCAAGGGCGCAUCAACCGAGGCCAGGCUCAGCACAUGGAAGCCUCAAUACUUUGUCGACGUACAAGAUACCGCACGCCUCCACCUCGCGCUCCUGACGCGCCCCGACAUCCAAAACGAGCGCGUCUUCGCAUUCGCAGCUCCCUGGAACUGGAACAGUCUGCUGCGCAUUCUUCGCACCAUGUUUCCUGGCCGGAAGUUCAUGGAUGAUAUUCCAGGUCUUGAGGAUGACCCCAGCGUCAUUCGACCGGCUGCGAGAGCAGAAGAAAUUCUAAAGGGAAUGGGGAGGCCGGGGUGGACGGGGUUGGAAGAAAGCCUGAGGGAAAAUUUGGAGGAGUAUUUGUAA